AUGCUUCUCAAAACGAUUACAAUGUCUUUGUUACUUUACUUGACCAUCUUUAGUCAUGGUGUUCAUGCUGGUAUUGUAGUAAGUAGUAAAUUUUUCAUUCAAAAAACUACCGUUAACUAUAGUUAUUAUAAUAAUAUUAAAAGACAUAAGUAUAUUUCCUAGUACUGAAGGUCUUGUUUUACAUUGAUGAAAAAACUUUUUCAUUAUUUCAUAAACGCUAUCUCUUUCUAACUUUAUGAUUAUAUGUUUUACAGUAGAAUGUUAAGUAAAGUAGCUAUAUAUGCUCCACAAUAAGCAGAGUGUUCCAAAAUUUUUCUUUGAUCAGCCACUGAAAGUUCAGAGCCGAAACAUGAGCUAACCUCAAACUUGGGUUAAUAAACCGAAGAAGUCUACUUUAUUUUUGCGAUAAUUAAAACGAAAGGUUACCUUUUGAAUGAGAGCGGCAGACUUUUGGAGUUGUUUUCUCUCUAACUGCCUCUUAAUAAAAACGUUAUCUUCAUCCCACUUUUUCGCAAUCUCUUUUUCUCUAAUUUUCAUUUAUAUUAUGUCUAACAUGUGUGUACAUAUCAUUGUAUAGUAAAAUUAAGCUACAGUUAGAGAAGAAGCAAUAGAAAAGGUAGUUUCAAUAGACAUCAGAAUCUCUUCAGUCUUCGAAAAAGAAGAUGAACCAAAUGUGUACGCCCAUAGCCCGUUGAACGCACGCCAUCCCGUCCGAUCUGGCAAGUUAAGCAACGGUGCGCUUGAUUAGUACUUGGAUCGGAGACGUCCUUGGAAUCUCAAGUGGCCUACGCAUUUUGUGCCAUUUUUACUUGUAAUACUUAACUUUUUUAUAUUUUGUGGGUACUGUAAUUUUGCUUUUCUUUAAAAAAAUCAUUUUUUGUCCAAUAAAUCCAAUUUUCAUAAAAAUUUAAAUUUUAAAGUUUCAAUUUUCAGGACUUCUUCAGUGAUAUAUGGAGCUCAAUAGUUGGAGUUGAGACUGAAGUUUCUUCGGCUUCAGAACUCGCCAACACCAUCGUAAACAACACUGAAGAUGAAGUGAAAAGUGCUGUCAAAACAGUACCACUACUACCUGAAAUCGAAGGCCUUGGUGUGCUAUGUACACCUUGUACAUGGGGAAUUGACUUUGUGUCUUCUUACAUCACGGACAACGUUUAUGUUCCUAUUGUGAGUUAUUAUAGUUUAUGCAAAUUAUGUUUUUUUAUUUAAAAAAAUAAUAGGUUGUUCAAAUAAUUCUGUGCCCCUAACCCCUAGAAGUUGUUUUGAGAGGAGGCACUGAAUUAUUUGAACAACCCAAUAUUAUCAUUAGGUUGUUCAACUAAUUCUGUGCCUUUUUUCAGGGUCUAGCCACAGUAUGUCCAAUAAUUUACACUUUUGACAACAGUGCUAACAACCUUUUGGCAUGUGAAAUUGUAGUAGCUGGAGCUGUAGUUUUCUCAUAUUUUGGGAAUUCCGAAAAAGUUUGUAAACAAGUUGGCUUCUGUGGUAUACCUGCCAUCAGCAACUUGUUCAAGAGUAAACGACAAGUUGUUUACGACGCUACAACGACCCCUUUGGGCCUCGACGAUAUUUUAAGCGUAAGUUUGGUUACAUGUGACAUUUUACACUGACUAAUUUAAAAAAAGUUAAUUUUAAAAACAUAAAAACAUAGCUUAAAAUAAGGUUUAAAAAGCGAUCGAUACUUUUAGUUAAUGCCAACCGACUUACAUGACUUUUCCCAAAAGCUGACCAAACUUAGCCCUGCCAACUAUAUUGAAGUUGAAAAGACGGUAAUCCACAUGGUAUCACAGAUUCGCGAAAUGAAUCCACAUAAACUAUUGGAUUCGCUCAACAAAAUUGCUCCUUAUUACACGUAG